AUGAUUCAUGCCCAGCAGAUAGAGGAAGAUAAAUCUAAGGAUAUGGAGAGAUCUAAUAAGAGAUUCAGAAUAGGUAGUUACAGUUUUUCUGAGGCUGGGUCACAGGGUGGUAAUCGUUCUCACCAUCGUCGGAAGACUUCAGUCCCAACUCCAUCUUCAGCUAGUGUGCCCACACUAAAUCUCAAAGAUAUGAGUCAUGAUGGCUCUCCAGACUCCAAAGCCCAUAUUAGUGUUAUAAGUGAGUGUACUUAUCUGCUUUGUGGAGAAAGUGGCAAGAACCAUCUAGUUGCGUGCAAAGCUGAUAAUCAGGUAUGUUUUGGAUGUGGUAAGCCAGGUGACAAAGUGCAGGAGUGUAGAGUGUUUGCUAAGAAAGGUAGAGAUCCAUGCCAGAAGGGCAUCACUCUUAGUACCACUAGUGGUCAGCGUCAGAACCGACUCUAUUCUCUUCGGACUCGCCAUGAUCCAGAAGGUUUCCCUAACAUAGAUUUGGGUAUGUUAUGA